AUGGCUUCCAAUCAGAAUAUACCAAAGCCAGUAAAGUUCGCUUUUGGUGGCAUUUCAGGAAUGGGGGCCACAGUCGUGGUGCAGCCACUGGAUCUUCUUAAGAACAGAAUGCAGCUUAGCGGAGAAGGAGGCGCUGCUCGAGCUCAUCGCACUGUGUUUCAUGCAGGAAUUUCAGUUUUUAAGACGGAGGGAUUUUCUGGGCUAUACAAAGGGUUAUCAGCAGGAUUAGCGAGACAGAUCAUGUACACAACAACACGUGUUGGUAUUUACACUACUCUCUUCGAGAAGUUCUCCGGACCGGACGGUAAACCGCCUGGUUUCUUCACUAAGGCUGGAUGCGCGCUGACAGCUGGAGGGAUCGGUUCAUUUAUUGGAACACCAGCGGAGAUAUCUCUCAUCAGAAUGACAGCAGAUGGAUCACUACCCCCUCAGAAGAGGAGGAAUUACAAAAAUGUGUUCAAUGCAUUUUCUCGGAUCACUAAAGAGGAAGGACUGUUCACACUCUGGAGGGGCUGUGGACCGACUGUAUCACGUGCUAUGGUUGUUAACAUCGCUCAAUUAGUCACGUACUCAAGCGCUAAGGAGGAGCUUCUUGCUUCAGGUUAUUUCAAGGAUAACAUCUUUUGUCAUUUCGCCUCGAGUAUGAUAAGUGGUUUGGUAACAACCUUAGCCUCAAUGCCUGUAGACAUUUGUAAGACAAGAAUACAGAACAUGAAAGUUGUGAACGGUGUGCCAGAGUACAAGGGAGCCGUGGACGUGUUUCUGAAGACAGUAAGAAACGAAGGUGUGUUCAGUUUGUGGAAGGGAUUUACCCCUUACUACGCCCGACUGGGACCUCACACCGUCAUCAUGUUUCUAUUGUUAGAGCAGCUUAACACUUCUUAUGUCAAGGCGUUUGUUAAGUAGGUUAAAAUGAGGGUUUUGAUAAUUGGACUAGCUUUGACAGAAUUGAAUAUAGUUGUAAUGGCAGAGGUAAAGUUGUAAUGCUUGAUUUACCCGAGAUAAACAUUAUUGAUAUACUGUAAUAUGAUUAUUAUAAUGAGAAAAUGUGUAUAGUUCAGUUUUUUAAGUUGCAUGCAGACGAAUUUAUAUGCUAUCGCAAUGGAGAUAGGAGAAGCGUUUAUUCGAAAUCGUGGAUAAGUUUUCAGUAUUGAAUUGAUUUUAGCACUGACUGAUAAAUACGUAUGUAUGUUUGAUAGAUAUGUAUGUUUGAUAGAUAUGUAUGAUAUGUAUGUUUGAUAUUAAGAUGCAGGAGAGAUAAUAUGACUGAUGACGCAAUUUUAUUGUUUGAUUGACGAGCUGAAAGGAAGAAUCGGGCGAGAUAUAUAAUUAUAAUUAGGUUGUAAUUUAUUGAAAUUUCCAGGGUAUACGCAAGUAUCAAUGAGAGACUUGUUGAGACUUUUGGAUUACAUUUUUUGUCGAUGUACACGAUUGAAGAUGCCUUGAUAAAUUAUGAUUUGAUCGAAGAUAUUCUAAAAAUAUCAUAUCUAACAUGUAUGUUUACAUUAAAGGAGUAUUCACUAUUGCCUUGGCCAAAAUUACAUUAGCGUCAGCUUUUCGUCAAAUUUUAAAAAGCCCUUUCGAUCCCCCUAAGAUUCUGACGUAAAAUGUGAAUAUUUCUUCAAUAUGGGUUGUUUGAAGUGACAUAGUUUGGUGAAGCUUUAGUCUCAAAAUUAAAGGCGAUUUCGACGCCUAAACCAUUUGGUUAGUUGAAAUUAACUUAAUAAAGUGGUGUUAAGCACGCCGGGUAAUUUUAAAUCCGGAUCUGACCCUUUCUUCAAUAAGAAAGUUGUGCAUUACAUUCAAGCUUCAGAGCUAUAAUAAAUGCGAAUCGGAAGAAAUCUUGUAAAUAAUAUUAUCGAUAAUAAGUUUGCCUAUCUUAUCUCUGAAUAUGAUUGUUUUAAUGAUAAGUUCGAUAAGGGA